CUUCCGCUGGGGGUUGGAAAUUGGCAAAGAGAGGGGGGAAAGGUCCAAUUUUCGCCUCUGCUACUUUAGGGGAGAUGAAAUUACGAGCCAAAGUGGAGUGAUGCGCUCGCUCUAGUGACCUCCGCUUUCCCACAUAGGAGAAAAAACCCAGGUCAUCUGCUUGCGAAGUGGCUCGAGCUCCGAGGCGCGAGGCAUUAUUACAUAAAUUCAAGCUCGCUCCUGAUCUUAGUACCCUGAGUUGCCUGAAGGGGGGAAUGGCACUGCCUGCGUGUGCAGCCCGGGCGCUCGGGCCGCCGCUGCAACCGGAGCGAGGAGCGCCCGCCCGCACCACCUGUCCCCGCCAGCAUUCCAGAGUAGAGGCCGAAUUGGCAGUGAGCCGGCCCGGAUCAGUCGCCGCCUCAGUCCGCGCGGGCCCUCCUAGGGGUGUGUCUCGCGGCUUCAACUCGCAGCCGCUCCCGGACGAGCCCCUGAAGACGCCUUCCUCCCAGGCGGGAGCCGCGCGCGUCCCUCUCUUCGCGCUGCCGCCCCGAGGCCGCCGCAGGCGGAUGCACGACCUCCGGAGACGCUGGGACCUGGGCUCCCUCUGCCGGGCCCUGCUCACUCGGGGCCUGGCCGCCCUGGGCCACUCGCUGAAGCACGUGCUCGGCGCGAUCUUCUCCAAGAUUUUCGGCCCCCUGGCCAGCGUCGGGAACAUGGAUGAGAAAUCCAACAAGCUGCUGCUGGCUUUGGUGAUGCUCUUCCUAUUUGCCGUGAUCGUCCUCCAGUACGUGUGCCCCGGCACAGAAUGCCAGCUCCUCCGCCUGCAGGCGUUCAGCUCCCCGGUGCCGGACCCGUACCGCUCAGAGGAUGAGAGCUCUUCCAGGUUCGUGCCCCGUUACAAUUUCAGCCGCGGCGACCUCCUGCGCAAGGUAGACUUCGACAUCAAGGGCGAUGACCUGAUCGUGUUCCUGCACAUCCAGAAGACUGGAGGCACCACUUUCGGCCGCCACCUGGUGCGCAACAUCCAGCUGGAGCAGCCCUGCGAAUGCCGCGUGGGUCAGAAGAAAUGCACUUGCCACCGGCCGGGUAAGCGGGAGACCUGGCUCUUCUCCAGGUUCUCCACGGGCUGGAGCUGUGGGCUGCACGCCGACUGGACCGAGCUCACGAGCUGCGUGCCCGCCGUGGUGGACGGCAAGCGCGACGCCAGGCUGAGACCUUCCAGAAAUUUCCACUACAUCACUAUCCUCAGAGACCCGGUGUCCCGGUACCUGAGCGAAUGGAGGCAUGUCCAGAGAGGGGCAACUUGGAAAGCGUCCCUACAUGUCUGCGAUGGAAGGCCUCCGACUUCUGAGGAGCUGCCCAGCUGCUACAGUGGUGAUGACUGGUCCGGCUGCCCCCUGAAAGAGUUCAUGGACUGUCCCUAUAAUCUGGCCAACAACCGCCAGGUGCGCAUGCUCUCUGACCUGACCCUAGUAGGUUGCUACAAUCUCUCGGUCAUGCCAGAAAAGCAAAGAAACAAGGUCCUCCUGGAAAGUGCCAAAUCGAAUCUGAAGCAUAUGGCGUUUUUUGGCCUCACUGAGUUUCAGCGGAAGACCCAGUAUCUGUUUGAGAAAACCUUCAACAUGAACUUUAUUUCACCAUUUACCCAAUAUAAUACCACUAGGGCCUCCAGUGUAGAGAUCAGUGAGGAAAUCCAAAAGCGCAUUGAGGGACUGAAUUUUCUGGAUAUGGAAUUGUACAGCUAUGCAAAAGACCUCUUUUUGCAAAGGUAUCAGUUUAUGAGGCAGAAGGAGCAUCAGGAAGCUAGGCGGAAGCGUCAGGAGCAGCGUAAAUUUCUGAAGGGAAGGUUCCUUCAGACCCAUUUCCCCAGCCAGAGUCAGGGCCAGAGCCCGAAUCCGAGUCAGAAUCCAAAUCUGAAUGCAAAUCAGAACGUGACUCAGAAUCUGACUCAGAAUCUGAUUGAGAAUCUGACUCAGAGUUUGAGUCAGAAUUCAAGCCCAAGGGAGACCUCGGGCCAAGAGCAGAGUGACAGCAGCAGCAGCAAUGGCACCCAAGACUACAUAGGAAGCGUAGAGAAAUGGCGUUAAGUGGCCCCUCGCGCCUCACACACUUCUCCCAAAGCACCAGUACAAAUUUGGCAAAUCUGAAAAGAUGAAAGUAUCCAAACGCUGCCUGCUUCCUUAAAUUUGGAAGUUAAAAAAGUUAAGAUGUUGCCUUUACAGUCGCCUUUGCAUUAAAUGUAAUACUGUGUGUGGGUAAACCCAAUUUCAAUGUGUAAUUAAAUUGUCUUUUGGGGAGUUUGUCGGCCUAUUUAUAAAAUCGAAAAGCCAAGCCAGGCUCACCAGAAAUUGCUGUUUAGGUAUUUUAAGAAGUUCUUAAAGAAGUCAUAGAGACUAAAUGAAAUCAUAAAAGGUGGCCAUUUCACAUAUGCCUAAGAAAUGGACUUUAAAUUAUUCAUGAUAUGCUGUUUAAACCCCAUCUUGGAAGCAAACUUUUUUCCCCUAAGGGGGUGAGCUUGCAUAUAAACAUAAAAAAAAAAACAAAACCCUAAAUUGAAACCCGAAGCCUUUCUUUUUCUUCUGAUUUUAACUAGGAAUCUAUAGAAUAAUUACUGAUGGUAAAUUUUACCAAACCAUAGAAAAUAAUAAAACAUCUCUCCCAAACAUGGGUAGUUGUGUGUAAAAAUAUUGGCUUUUUAAGUAGAAUAUCUUGUUAUUUAAGAUACUUAAAAUUUUCAACUUUUUCUACCUUCUACUGUCUAAAGGUUUUGAACAGGGUAUAUCUCAUACUCAACAAAACACUUUUUUCCAAAUGGAAUACCAACAUAAAAAUGUAGUUUCCAGAUACUUUCCAGGCACUGUAAUUUGAACAAUUCUGAAUCUUUUUGGCGCUGCUUCUCAUUCAGUUAAGGCUUCUCCGAAUUGUGCUCAUUCCAAACUAACCCAUUUAUAAAAUCUUUCUUCAUCAUCUAAAUGGUGUGUUGCUGAAUUUAUUGUGAUAUAUAAUCCUGGAUUAAAGUCAGGACUUUCUUUCUAUAGAUCUGUCUUAUCAAUGUUUGUGUAGUGAAGUCCUUAUCAAGAAACUGUUGAACAGGCUAAUGCGUCUAAAAAUAUUGCUGGAGUUAUUCUUGAUCAGAUAGAAUUGAACCUGAAUGUGAAUUGUUAUUUACUUUUGUAUAUUUUUAUUGUAAUGUUCCCAGUCGGGCUGGUUAUUUCUAGCCCACUCGUUCUUUUUCGUGUUCACGGACUACAGACAUUUAUAAAGAGAAAAAAAAAAGUAGUAGAAAAAUAAUUAGGAUAGCCAUAGUUAUUCAGUGAUACCAAAAGCUGUGCCUCAAUCCUUUCGGUUAACCCUCUACCAGGUUUUGUUUUAAGAAAGACUAAAAGGAAGGACUGUUCUGCAGUGAGGUUAGGUAUCACGAGUACGAGUUGAGGAAAGUGACUACUUGAGCGAGUGAGUCUAUGCACCAAAUCAAGUGCGAUGUGAGCAGGGCAGAAAGAAAUACAUCACCAAUGUGUUACCGAGCCUCCAGAUGCUGGGCAGUGCCCGUUUUAUGAGUUCUGCUAUCUACCUUUGUAAGGACUUACCCUGACCUCCUGCCAUCAUUCCCAGAGGCAGCUGGAAAUGGCAUUUAUGUUUCAGGGACGUGCUUACAAGCAUGACCGUACAUCCUCAUCUUGUACAGUCUUCUCGUUUGCAUCAUUUCGUGUCCUCUGUAAUGAUAUGGCUAUGAGCUGGACAAUAAUCAUAGUAUUUGGAUUUGAAAAUACAUUUUCUUGACUUGGCAUGUGUAUCAAUAUAUCUAAAUUUCAUUUUGCCGGACAGCACUGCAGGCCUGGGAAUUCAGAGAACAGAAGAAUGGAAAAGACAUUAAAAGAAAAAAUAAAAAUGCCUUGAAGUCAAAGUGUUUGAGUGAAAUUAUUUUGUGUACAUUGUGUUUAAAAAAAAAAUUCUGUAGACCACUAUGGUAUUUCAGUUUUGUUUAGUUUUAAUAGAUGUUUGUUCUUAAAACUGGUAGCUACUGUUGGAAAACAGGACGAAGUGCAAGCCAGUGGAAAAGCUUGUUACAAAAAACAUUUUGUGUUAUUGCUGUGGUGUGCAUGGUUUUCAGAGAUUAAGUGCAUUUUCUCUGUCUAGAUUGAUUAUUGUAUAUAGGGGUGUUAUAAAUAUACAUUUUUGUCAUCAUCAUGUAAGUCCCACAAUUUCAACUGUAAACAUCUGUCCAAUGGUGUAGCUUUACA